AUGAGGAUCGUAAAGACCCUCAUCUCGUUGGCCUUUGUGGCCGACAUCACCCUAGGAAGUAUUUACGCUUCCAAAGCUGCAUACAAUAAGUGGCAUGAGACUGAGCUAGAGCGCUGGCUCUCCGACCAUGAUAUCCCAUACCCGACUAGCAGUGACCGAAAGGAGCUGGAAAAGCUGGUUCAGAAUAACUGGGACACCAACGUGGUAACCCCUUACCAGCACUGGGAUACUGCUGAGUUGAACCGGCACCUCAAACAAAAGGGCAUCGAGACCAAGGAAGCCGCCGCCGCCAACAAGGAGUCGCUGGUGUCUCAGGUACAGGAUCUCUGGUACGAAUCCGGGGACAAGGCUCAGCAAGCCUGGUUCAGCGUCAAGGACUGGAUAUUGGAUUCCUGGACCGAAAGCCAACUCAAGGCUUUCUGCGACCAUCAUGCCAUCCCUGUCCCUCAACCACGCAAGCGCGACACCAUUCUCGAGAAGGUCAGGUCCAACUAUGACGCUAUCGCCAAGAAGGCCGGCGACACCGCUGCGUACCCUGGCAACUGGCUCUACGACACCUGGACUGAGUCGGAUCUCAAGGAGUGGCUUGACACUUAUGGUUUCCCCGUGCCCCAGCCCACGACACGAGACAAGCUCAUUGCUUCCGUUCGCCGGAACUCGCGCAUCGCCUCCCUAAAGGCUCAAGAACGCGCUUCUAGUGCCUCGGCCAGCGCUCAAGCCGCGUACGCCACUCUGACCGAUAAACUCAUUGAUGCCUGGGACGAGUCCCAGCUGAAGGAGUUUGCCGAUAAGAACGGCAUCAAUGUUCCCCAGGGCACCAAGGCCAGUCAGCUCCGUGCAUUGGUGCGAAAGCACCGUGCUGCGCUCCUAGGCGACACCGUCUCAGCCUCUGCCGCCUCGGCUUACGGGGCUGCCACUUCGAACGCAGGCAAUGCCUACGCCCAGGCUACCGACAAGGCUUCUCAGGCUGCCCAGGAUGCUUUCAAUGAGGCUGUUGGCACGUGGUCCGAGAGCCGGUUGAAGGGCUACCUGGAUGCUCGCGGGAUUCCCGUGCCUCAUGCCUCCAAGAAGGACGAACUGCGCGCCCUUGUUCGCAAGAACUCGCACAAGGCGGCGAGCGGCUGGACCGCGUGGACGUUCGACGACUUCUCCCUCGAAAACCUGAGAAACUACCUGGCCUCGUCCGGCGACGCCACCGCGAAGAAGGUCAGCCAGAAGAGCGGAGCCACCCGCGACGAGCUCCUAGCGGCCGCGCAGUCGGCGUACGCCUCGGCCUCGUCGGCCGGCGGCUCGUCCUACGCAUCUGUGACCAGCUACCUGGCUCAGACUACCGACUCGGUCAAGCAGACGGCCUUUGAUAACUGGAGCGAGAGCGAACUCAAAUCGUACCUGGACAGUUACGGCAUCCCCGCACCUCAAGGUUCUAAGAUCAACGAGCUGAGGUCCCGCGCCCGCAAGCAGUACACCUACUUCAAGUACGGCACCACAACGCCCGCCGGGACCAUCUUCGCCCAGAUCCAGGACACCGUCAAGCAGACCUGGGACUGGGUCGUGGACCAGAUCAGCAUCGGCUCCAACGCGGCCAAGAAGAAGGCCGACGAGGAGAUUCGGCAGGAGCUAUGA